CCUUCACAGGUCAUAACCUGUCUCUAUAAAUCAAGAAAAACCCACCGCUCUCCAUCUCUCUCUCACUCAGCAACCUGUGCAUACACAUUUCUGUAUCUAUCUCCUUCUCAAGAAUUAAACACAGAGAAAAUGUGUGGAGGUGCAAUUAUUUCCGAUGAACCCAUCAUCAACAAGAGAGGAAAAUUAACCACAGAAGAAUUGUGGGCUGAAUUCGAUACAAUUUCUGAGUUCUGGGGCUUCAAGUCCUCUGAUGACAAAGACAUGCAGCCCAUCAACAAGCCCAAAAAACUCAACAAUGGGGCAAAUAAUAAGGCUGAACAGAAGAACAGUUCGAGGCAAAGGAGGAAUAUGUACAGAGGCAUAAGGCGAAGGCCAUGGGGAAAAUGGGCGGCUGAAAUUCGUGACCCGAAAAAGGGUGUCAGAGUCUGGCUAGGAACCUUCAGCACGGCGGAGGAAGCAGCCAGGGCCUAUGAUGACGCCGCCAAGCGCAUCCGUGGAGACAAAGCUAAACUCAACUUUUCCGACAAUCCGCCACCUUCGACUCCGCCUCUUCAGCCACCGUCCAAGCGGCUGUGCGUCAAUCAUGAGCCAACCCCGUUCUUGGAUAAUGGGAUUCAAACACAGCAACAAGUGUACUACCCAACCCAGGCGGUGGAGAGUCAAGAAUUUGAGUUGAACGAUGAAAUUUCAAGCUUGGAAUCGUUCUUGGGAUUGGAACCAGCUGAGACACCUCAGUUCGUGAACAACACUGAAUCAAUUGAUUCGGUUGAUCUUUGGAUGAUGGAGGAUUUCGCGCAGAAUAAUCUGUUCUACUGAACAGAAGCAAUUAAUCAAAUAUCCUAUGUUCAGAUGGUGUUAAUCUGGAUUAAGGUUGAUGAGAUUAUGUUUAAUGGUUUUUAUUUCGUAUGUUGUGGUAUGAUAUUAAAUGCAAUCAGUGUAUACAUACAUAAAAAUAAAUUGCUUGCGUGUGCAUGCGUCCCUAAAUAUUGUCGUGUAUGUUUAAAUUUGUGUUAUUUUGGAUGUUUGAUUUCUAAUAAUGUUGGUGCAUGAAUCGUCAA